AUGCGAUCUUGUUUCAUUCAACGUCGUCUGAAAUUUUUUAUACAUUAUUUUGUCAUGCACCAAGGCUUUCAAGAUGGCGGUUAAACGUGUUCUGCAAGUACUUUGCACGGUCACGGAAUUCAAAGAAUACGUUUUGGUGACUUUCAAGGAAGAGGCAGAAAGAUUACUCAGUUGUUAAUCGAGACAAGUUGCGAAAAAAGUCACCGUCCAGGGCCUUGAUCGACAAUGGAAAAGAGAGACCUCGUGGGAAGGGAGGAGAUUAUUAAUAAUGAACCGAACGAUAGAGAAAUGAAACCACUUCUUGUGCCUACCCAGCCGAUUUACGUAAAAUUUCGGCAAGGACGAGAAACUCUGGCGCCUGUUAAAAGCGGUGAAUUCGCCCUGAAUGUGUUCAAAGUUUGCUUCUCUUCAGUUGGAUUAUGGAAUCAUCAAGCUUGGAACUUCAUACCUCGCGUACUACUAGCCACUGUUUGCUUAUACCAAGUAUCUUAUUCGCUGUACUUUGAUGUGUUAGACAAGUGUCGUUUGAACUACAAGAAUGAAACAGAAAAGGAGAAGAUAGCAAUGGAACACAGCACGUACACUGAACACAUUGCAGAGGCUUUGUUAAAUCUGGCGUCCGUCUCCUCGUUUCUCGUUUUUACUGGUUGUUUUAUGGUAGCCAAACGUAAAAGGUCUGCUUGUGUGCUACCUUCACUAUCAACUAUUGAGAAUAAUGACAGAAAAAUUACAUUAACGUUGUUCGCUUUCUUCAUUUUUACGACGUUGCUGCUGGCAAGCGCGAUUGGGCUACUUUACAACACCAGCAUUGAAAUUAAACUUGUGGAAGGUUCAUUCUGCAGACAUAUAUUAGUGGCAGCUAUUGCUGUACAGUUUCUUUUACACUGGGUAGCACUCAACAUUUGUCACAUCUUUGCCUUUAGUUCUUUGGCACUUGGUGAGUGGUUACCAUAAUAAUGAUAAUGAUAAUGAUAAUGAUAUAUUAUAAGCUUAGCUCAGCACUGUCUUGAUAAAAGUCCGUCCGCAAACUCAAACUGUGAACUAAGCCCGGGUGGGGGGGGGGGGUAUUGCCAUAUAUGGGCUAUAUAGGUAUGUGCCGCUGUGAAGGGUAUGGUUUUCAGGCAGUUUACUCUAGGAUAGGGUAUAUAAAUCAAGGCGUUUGGGUCUAGAAUAGGGUAUCAUUUUUCAGGAAACUGAUCAGUUGGUUGAAGAUUUUACCUAGACAAGGGAAACAGCUACUCUAGGAUAGGGGGAUUUGGGGAGUUUACUCUAGUAUAGGGUAGCAAAAUUCAGCUGAACUAGCUCUGGUAUAGGUUAAGAGUUCCAGGGUCCCAGCGGCACAUCCCCACCCAGAAAUUCCUAAAGUACCCCCCCCCCCCCUCCCCCGGAAACUAAGAGACGGUGACCCACUGGAAAAAACCUGCAUAACAAACAAGAACAGGGUCAACAAGUGACAUCGCCAACUCUCUUACUUUCAGAAAUGUUAACUCCUUCCAUAUCUACCGCCCACCCACUUUCAAGGCCUCUACAUAACUGUAUAUGGGAGUGACAGAUUCAGCCCUGAGAUCAUUAAAUAAGUGGGCCACUACUCAUCUGGAUCCUAAGUGGGAGUAAAAAAGUUGGAGGCCCUUUAAACAGCAUGAGUUUGAGGCCUAUAAAAACAGAGUAAUCAUCAACACUUUAUGUUGCACAUAGCAUCAACAUUACACACUGUCAUCAGACUAGGAAAAUAAAGAGAAACAAAAUUUAAACAAAAUGAAAUAAGAAAGAGGGAGAACCACAAUUAACACUGCAAAUAGCUUGACAGUACUAUGCUAUCUCAUGGAAGCAAAGUACAAAAGAUUAAAGCAGUCCCAGCUGAUCUCUAGUUUACCCAUUAUUGUGCUGCAUGAUUUAAUAUGCUGGCAUGUAUUUGCAAUAAAUAAUGCUCUGCUGCAGGGCAGCAGUUUUACCCCCUUCCAUUAUAUUACAUGACUUAAUUAGAGUACCAGUCAAUGACCCAGGACUUAGCAAAUCGGCCUUUAGUUACUAAUAUAAUAUAUUAAACUACCCGUCUGCUGUAUGUUGAAAAAAAAAAUGCAUUCAAACUGUUCUUGCUGCACAGCAUAGCAAGCAGGUUGGUUCAACUUAAAGUGAUUGGCUUUCUUUUUUUUUUUACCCUAAGGUACUUUUGCAAAAGAUGCCCUUAGACUUAUUCAGAACCUACAAAAUGGGACCCUUGAUGAUGUCAUUAGAAUUCAUGAAGACUUGUGCAGUGUAGUCUUCAGUACUGCAUCAGCCUACAGUGUAUGGUUUGUGCUUCACUGGUUCACAUAUGGAGCUGGUAUCCCUGUGGCUAUAAUUUUUGUGUCUAGAGGACUCGAGCUGAUUCCUGUCCUUGAUCGACUUCAUGUCAGCCUCUACCUUGUUUGUCUUUUUUAUCUGUUUUUACUCCCAUCUGUGUGUGCUGCAAGGAUAACAAACCACUGUCUUGGUAAGUUCAUAAUAAAAUAAUAAAGGUGGACACCUUUAUUUAUUUAAUGUCUAAAGCCAGAUUUUAUGGCAUAACAUUGUUGCUGUUACCUUAUAAAUCCUGGUGUUAUAAACAGCAAUUUAUACCUUCUGUUAGAUGAUUUAUUCUUCCUGUGGCCAUAACUGAACCAUAACUGAGUUCAAUGUCAACUGUCACUCCACUGACAAUGAUGCGACCAGGAGGCCACCACCGAAAGACACUGACAAAACCCCACCCUCAGCAGAGACAGUUCAUCUACAGGGACUUUCUCCUGCCAUGACGUUGACCAUCAGUCACGUGAUAGAACAUACAGGAGGCAUACUCAGGAGUCCUUGAAAUAAAACAGUGCUAUUUUGGACCGAAAUUUCAAUAACGCUAAAAACGGCGCCUGCUCUUCGAAUAAGUCCGCCCUUCCCUUACCAUUGCCUGAGAAAUUUAGCGCCGCAAACGCUAGUUCUAGCAUUUGCAGUGAAUAUAAGAUCUUAAGAGAGAUUUGAAUUUAAUUUUGUAUUUAUGUUGAACGGUCUCUUCCUUUGAAGGAAUCUGCGAGGAAAUAAAUCACACCACGUCGGAUGAUUGGAAUGAAGGGCAUCCCUUCAAGGAUCGUCACAACAUCGCCCUGUUUGUUUCAUAUGCUAAAGAGAGACGUUGUGGGUUUAAGAUCGGUAAAAUUACGUUCAAUGCUUCCCUAGCCUGGGUGUCCUUCUUCUUUGGUCUGACAGCUUUAUUGUUUCACUUCUUCUAGAGAAGUGUGAAGAUGGCUUGGAGUUGACCAAGGGCAACCUCUUAUCAUUUUUCUAUUUUAUUAAUUAGACUGCUUGCAGUCCGCCUUUUCUCUUAAAAAUGCGUCUAGUUCUUAUCUCAUCCAGCGCGAUUGCAAACCACGACGUUGUUAUUACAAUAACGGAUUGAGACGAGACGAGACGAGAUUAUUAUUUUUCCUUCUCGGGCUUACGCCCUCAUUUCUCGCGGCUCGCGGCUUAAUUCGCCACUCACGUGCUUAGGAUUCGCGUGCAGUAACCUCGCAAAGAAAAAUGAGAGACUGCUCGCAGUCAGUCAGUCUAUUAUUAAUCUACACAAACACUGUGCAAAAUCAGUGCUCCGUGCUGCUCAUCAAACAAAAGAACAUAACAGCAAAGCUGAAAGAUGGGUCUGGCCGUCAUUAUAAGAAAGAUUAAGCAUCACGUUUACGUCUAACGGCAAAGGCGAAUUUGUACCACGUGACCAAGUUUCGCCUUUACGUGUCGUUUACUGUUCAUAAUUUAUUUCAAUAAUAAGUAGUUUCAUGCAAUUUUUUAUCCAUAAGAAUUGUUUUGAGCUGUUUUAUUUGCUCAUUUUCUAUUGUGGGAAAUUCUCAACUUGAAUCUGAUGUUUGCCGUUUGCCGUGUACGUAAGGCGUAAAAACUCUUUAAAAGGCCUACCUACCGCGCGAACGCACCUGAAACCCCAUAUUAAAGACCCUGUCGUCCUUUCUGAAGACUAUUACAUUAUGUUCUUGAAAGAAGAUUAACUGAGCAAAUCCGUCUUGAACUAAAGUUCUAAUAACAAUUGGUCAUUGAACAUGGCAGCAAAGCUAUGUAUUUUCUUACAUCAACAGAUCUGUCGGGACUUUUUAACUAAUCGCCAUCAUUUACAGUUGUAUAGCCUGCGUCACAGACGUGGCGCGCAGAGAUCCUUGUUCUGGGCGCCCAAUGGAAUCGACGGAUUACUGGAAGUGGCUCUUUCAAUAGGCCAAUCAUGGCGCGUACUCAAAUCCUGGUACACAGCUAAUGGCCUAGAACAAGGAUUUCUGGGCGCUGUUUUGCAGACGUACUUACCCAGAAAUUAGUUUUGUCUGUGGCGCAGGCUAGUAGGUGUAUGAAGUUCGUUUUUCGUGAAAAGCGAGGAAAUGGCUAAUGAAAUAAGCAACGGCGAAAUCAGGGAGAAUUUCAUAAAAUCUGAACACAUCAAGGCUUAACAAUGUCGGAUGUCAAUGAAUAUUAGUUGUGUGCUGCUAUUUCGAGAGAGGUUAUCGCAAAAAGUGCACACGGCAAUCCCGAAAGGUAUUGUGGGUGGUUUUGAGUUCACUGUUCUUUAAAUACAAAUUUGAAGAAUCCUACGACAAGCCAUGGACGCCUGUGUUUGCGUCUGCUAAAGGAAAGCAACAAAAGUAGGUUCGACAGCUACAGUGUCAGGAACAGUACAUGUUUGGAUCAUAUCCGAAAUUACCUUUCGGGAUCUUCGCGUGCUCAUUUUAUCCGACAACCUUUCUCGAAAUAGCUGUAGUCACUAUUAAUGAAUUGUUUUCUAGGGAACAUUUUAAAAUCAGGUGAUAGCGCUUAAAUGACUGAUAAUGUAUUCUCGUGGAGGGAUAAUUCCUUGUGUCGACG